UUCCACUAAGAAUGUGAUGAAGCCGCAGGUUGUUUGGUUGGCAAGUUUUAGCAGUCCUUCCUUGACGUCGAAAUAAGCACUUCACUUUUAUCGGCUAAAUAAUGUUGCAAGUGCCAUAAUUCAUCUUAUAAAGUGACUGUCUGGAUUCUUAACCUUUCGACCUCUUUUCAGAAUAACACAACGUGGGGAUCCUACUAUGGAUGCUCGGCCUCCACCGUAUUCAUCAGUAGGAGUGCAACCUCCUGCCUAUCCACCAUAUCCCCAGGGAGGAUAUCCACAGCAUCCGCAAGGAGGUGGGAAGCCUCCAUCUUACCAGCCUUACUACAUUCCUAAUGCAGGACCCUCUCCUCCGCCAGUUGUUGCUCAUCACAGUUCAGCACCCCAGCCUAAAAGGAAUUCCUCUCAGAAGAGAUGUUGUGGUAUAGUCACCUUGCUUGUUGUCUGCCUGUGUGUUGCUGUGGGUAUCUGGCUCAUAGUACGCUUUGGCUCAAAGUUUUUUUCUAACAUGAGUAGUUCCAAUAAUCCCGGAAGUACCAGCACUGUUCAGGAAACAUGCUACCAGAGUGUAACAUAUUGCAAUGGAAUUAAAGACUGCCCCUCAGGGAGCGAUGAACUUGGCUGUGUACGGUUUAGUGGAGAAAAUUCAACACUGCAAGUAUACGACUGGAAGGAUCAGGCCUGGGAACUUGUGUGCUCCAAUAAUUGGACUAGCACUUUUUCUGACAGGACAUGCUCGCAAGUGGGCAUCAGCAAAGGGGCAUUUUACACUGGUGCUGUAUCCAGUUCUUCAAGUCCAGUAUUACUUGUCAAAGGCAACAUAUCACCUUCGACUCUGAUGCAAACUAUUUUGACGCCCAGCCCCCAGUGCCCAAAAGGACAAGUUGUUUCUCUAAUGUGUUCAGACUGUGGAACUCGUAAGAGUACUUCUCGGAUUGUCGGCGGUGUUAUUGCUGCACAGGGGAAGUGGCCAUGGCAGAUUAGCUUGCAGUAUGCUAACUCACAUGUCUGUGGUGGAACAAUAAUUGCUCCUCAGUGGGUGGUCACAGCUGCCCACUGUUUCCCUGAUGAGUAUGGUCAAAAUGUGGGGAAGUGGACAGUGUGUCCUGGCACCAUUAACCUGAAUAACAUCCCAAAUAAGUUCUCCGUUAAUAAGAUCAUCCUCAAUGAACAGUAUGAUGAUAAAACUCAUGAUUAUGACAUCGCAUUACUGAAACUCUCCAGUCCAGUCCAGUAUGGAGUAAGUAUCCAGCCUGCUUGUUUACCAUCGUUUGAUCAGACAUUUCCUGAAGGAACAACAUGCUCGAUUUCUGGUUUUGGAAAAACUUCUGAAACCUCAACUACUGUAUCUACAGCAUUGAUGGAGGCAAGUGUUCAACUCAUUAACACCGACAUGUGCAACAGUGCAAAUAUAUACAGUGGUGCGAUCACUGACAGAAUGCUGUGCGCUGGCAAACUCUCCGGUGGGCUGGAUUCCUGCCAGGGUGACAGCGGUGGACCACUAGUUUGUCAGGUGAAAGACAGAUGGUAUCUUGCUGGUGUUACAAGCUGGGGAGUUGGGUGUGCACGCAAGAAUAAACCCGGUGUUUAUUCUCGGGUCACAGAACUUGUCCAGUGGCUUUACAAGAUGAUGGAGGCAGAAAAUUGAUUUAAAGAAAGUCCUUCACCAUCUCAACCUCAUUAUGGAACUUGACAUCUUAAGGAAAGGAAAUCCAUGUUUAAACCUGUUCUUAUUGGAACUUGACAUCUUAAGGAAAAGAAAUCCAUGUUUAAACUUGUUCUUAUUGGACUAUUUUAUAUUAUGUAGGCAUACUCAAGUGGUAAUGAAUUCUUUUUAAAUGUGGGGGAAGAAAGACAGUGUCAUAAUGAAGUCUUGAUCAUUUUAAUCCUCUGUUGUAUAUAAAUAUAAUGUUUGUCAUCUUAGCUCUAAGGCUGGGUUAGUCAAAUGCUGUCAGUUUGCUGUAACAACUACAGCUAGGAUCAGUGUUAGAACUAAAAGCAAAAUCAUUCCAUCCGAGGUCCUUUAAUGAAGAAGUUGCUUUUCCUCUAAGGGUAUUCUUUUCUUUUAGCUUUAAACCCUCAUGUCCCAAAUUAUUUUAAAGUACCUCAUGGAGUCAUUUAUUGUAAAAUUGUAACAGGAGUGAAUAUGAAAAUCAUGAUCUCUGGGAUAACAUAUUAUUCAUGUCUUAACUAAAGGGAAUACUGGAAAAUAAAAUGGAGGUAAUUUUGUAGAGCAUACUUCCCCACCCAGAGAAUAUGCUUUGCUGCAUAGCACUUUGCCAAAGCUCUGAUGACAGUAGCCUGCUAAACUUUUUUUUUGAAGGCCACUGUAAAUGCUACCUCAAGAAUGUCGAGAAAAUUAGCUGGCAUGGCCUGCAGUGUAUAAUCAGUUGGCAUCCUUUGGGAAUGGUAAAGCAAGCACUGGUUGUAAAAGUGUGUGCAUCACAAAAGCUAAACAAUUUCAGCUCUUGAAUUGCUUCAAUUUUUGUAAAAUGUAGUGUCUUUGGGUUGGAGUAGGGUCAGUUUAUGGCUGAGUCCUAUAAUUCCACCUCUACAUCCUACCCCAUCCUACUACAGACUAAAAAAUACUUAAGGUGGAGGGAUCAGGCUGAAUGUGAUAUAAAACAUUUCACAUUAAAAAUCUCAGCUUUAAGCUACAUAUAAUGAAAUUCAACUAUCAAGCUCUUAUCAAAUAAAUU